AUGCGCCAGCUGGAUCACCCAAAUAUCAUCAAGCUCAUUGAUUUCUCCGAAUCGAGACAGUAUUACUACAUCAUCCUGGAGUUAGCUCCUGGUGGUGAGCUUUUCCACCAGAUUGUCCGCCUUACCUACUUCAGCGAGGAGCUGUCAAGGCAUGUCAUUGUCCAGGUAGCUAAAGCCUUGGAAUAUCUGCACGAAGAGCGAGGCGUCGUUCAUCGUGACAUCAAGCCUGAGAACAUCUUGUUCAGCCCUAUUCCUAUUGUUCCUUCGAAGAAUCCUAAGCCUAAGCAGCCCGGCGACGAGGACAAGGUUGACGAGGGAGAGUUCAUCCCCGGUGUUGGAGCAGGUGGCAUUGGCCAAAUCAAGAUUGCCGAUUUUGGACUGUCCAAGAUUGUCUGGGACAACCAAACAAUGACGCCAUGCGGUACUGUUGGUUACACGGCUCCCGAAAUUGUCAAGGACGAACGGUAUUCCAAAUCAGUCGACAUGUGGGCCCUUGGUUGUGUGCUGUACACGCUUCUUUGUGGUUUCCCUCCAUUCUACGAUGAAAGUAUUGAGGUUUUGACCGAAAAGGUCGCCAAGGGACAGUACACAUUUUUGUCACCCUGGUGGGAUGAUAUUUCCAAGUCUGCCCAGGACCUUAUUUCUCACUUGCUCACCGUCGACCCCGAGAAGCGAUACACGAUCACCGAGUUCCUCGCGCAUCCCUGGAUCAAGGGCUCUGGUCCUACACCCCGCGACGAGAAGAAGACCCAGCCGGACAUGCUGCGCGCGUUCGACACCUCGAGAAUCGUCGAUGGCGAACGCCGCUACGACUUCCGCUCGCCAGGUGCCGUCAACCUGCGUGAGGUCUUUGAUGUUGGUUACGCCGUUCACCGACAGGAAGAGGAGGCCAAGAGGAGGAAGCAGAUUGGCACCAAGGGCGGUGUUCCUGCUCGCUUCCUAAACAACCUGAACGAGGAGUCAGAGGAUGAGGACCAGGAGAUGUCCGACACCAAGGAUGCGGAAUAUGUCCACAAGCCUUCUCAAGCCACACAAGCCCUUGAACAGAGCAUGCGUAAUGCCCAGAUUAAGGACCAACAAGAGCAACAGCGCGGACGUGAACGCGAACGACAAGCGCACCACACCGAGAAGGGAUACGGUCAGCACUCUGCUGCUGUUACUGCCGCUGCUCGCCAACAGGUUAGGGAUCGGAACAGGCAGAAGGGCGCUUUCGAGUUGAAUCUCGACGGCGCAACUCUCCUCGGCCGACGGAACAAGCACCCCUUGGCGGCGCAAGCUGGCGGGGUAUAG